AUGAAUGACCAAGAUCGCUUAUUCGAUUCACCAUGCUUCAGCAACGGCUUGUGGGAAGCCGCGCCCGAAGCCAUCGACACCAGCGGCUGGGCCGACACGUGGCCCGCCGAUACCGCUGCGUCAGCGCCCGCCAUCGAAGACGGUUUGGAACUCCUAGACGGCUGCGCCGCGCCGGUGUCAGAAAUUUCACCCGGCGAGCCGCUAUACGGUGAAGUCAAGUUGAUAGACAAACCGCACGGCGACCAGUUAGAAGGCGACGCGAUGAUCCUCGGGGCGGCGGUUAGCUGCGUGGAUUAUCAGCGCGAUCUGUGCGUCUCAAAAAUCCUCGCCGACCUGCAGGCCGCCGCCGCCGCCGCCGCGGCGCGAAACGAGAGCUCCUCUGACCUUGCCACCGCGAGCGCCGCGGACGACAUGAAGGGCGACUCGACGACGACGAAAACGACGCGACCUUUGUCGCUGGCGCUCGCAGCAUACGGGAAUCACAAACGGUCUCUGAGCGUCUCGGAGUCGCCUCGUCGCCUUCAUGGUUGGAGUCAUCACGGCGGGGGAAUCGCCACGGGUUGCGGCGGAUUCCGGCGAGGAAACGACGCGACGAACCACUCGCUCGACGCUGGCGACUCGAUGGUCUUCCCGCCUUCCGCAACGAGCUUUCAACUCUCCGGCGAAUCUUUUGAAGGUCUACGCGCGUCGCACGCCGCGAAUCCCGCUGGGCUGGACACGGUUAUGACUCAGCUUUGGCAUCGGGCGCCCGAACUCGAAACGCUGCUGAAAGGCGGCACGACUGUUCAGCAACCGGCGGCUUCGGCGCGGGUGGGAGUCGAAUCUGAAUCGCCACAUGCUGAUGCCGGAGCUGCUUACGUUGCUGGAGCAGAGGACACCACAGCCGAUCAGCAGCACGGAAUCCAUGCUGCUGGCGUCGGCGUUUCCGCCAGUGGCGCUGGCGUCACUGGUGAUGGCGGUUCGGGGCUGACUUUCACAGGGCUGCUGACGCAGAUGAAGCGACGCAAAAGGCACGUGGGUGCGAGUGGUCACAUGAUCGACGGCGCCAGGCCUACGUUUACCACUGACAAGCUGCAAGAUCCGGCGGCAGAUUCGGCAGCGCUGUGCAACGUCGCUUCGCUCAGGGACACGGAUGGCGAGAAUAGCAGCUCUGGCAGCAGCAGCACGGCUGCUGAGGACGACGGCGGCAGCAGCACCAGCGGCAUGGCGGACGGCGACCGAGCGUCCUCGCCCUUCUCAGGAAGCGAGGCUGCCCCUCUAGCGCAGGCGUUAAGCGAUGCUGGUCUUGACGAUCCCGGGUCUCCUGCUGUAACUCAUGUGGUAACCGCUCCGAAUCCUGCGCCGACGGUUACCGCGGUGAUGAGAACCCGCGUAGUCUUCGCUGCAGAGACAGCUGUCACUCUUGUUCCUGCCAUGCCAGCCGGGAGCAAGAGCCCUGGCUCUCCAGAGAGCAUUCGGCGCAGAGCCGUGCUGGCCGCUCUGCUUCAAUCGUCCUUGGCAAGGCGAAGGAGUGAGAGCGGUAUUGCGCAUAAGCCGGGAGAUGGAAGCUUGCCGGAUAAUGGAAGCUCCCCAGUGGGAUUCGCUCAAGGGCGCAUGUUGGAGGCUACUCAGUUUUGUAGACAGUCGACCGAAGCGGCAUCCUCCAUAUUGAGCAACUCGCGGGCAUCUGGGGUUUGUACUGGUAACUCCACGCUUCUUCAAUUGCCGACAGUGCUGCAGGCUGAACUAGCCAGAGGUAAUUCACCGCCUGCAGUCCAAUCAGCUUCGACCGUAGAGCAGCCGGAGGAAGCUUCCAAGCCGAGAGGGGCAGAAGCUUCCAAGGUGGGGGAGAGAGAAAUCAGGGAGAUAAGGGAGAAGGGAAACAAGAGGGCGAAGCUCAUUGCUCGGAGGAUGCGUGCUCCUCACACGGGAUUAAGGCGAGUGGGACCAAUGGAGGAGUAUCUACAGGCUAGGAGCGAUGCCCAUCCCGUGCCUUCCAUCCGAGCCACUCCGUCUGGCCCGGAAGCUGCCGCUCCUGCAGCUGCUGGUUCGGAUAGAGCUGCUGCUGCUGCUGGGAGCACAAACCCGAUUGAUCCAAACUACAGAUGGCACAACUAUGGGAACAAGGUCAUCGCUCCGAAAGGGGAAGCUCCUUUUCUAAGGAAAUACUACCGCUGCAGUUUACACUCGGCCGGAGGCUGUCGGGCAACUAGAACUAUCGAUGUUGUGGACGGGCAGCCGGAGAAAAUAACGUUCCAGGGCACUCACAACCAUUCCCCACCUGUGAGGAAAGCAAAGCGGUGA